GGAGGACCUCUGCUGACGCAUGCGCACAUGCAACUUCAGAUGUCAACCGAGACAACGGACAAACAGUUAGCGUUUGAGCUCGUAUCGGAGGGAAGUAAAACAUUAUUUCACCUAAAGCUCCUCUAGCUCAAACAGCGUAAUGAGGUAGAGAAGUCGGACAGAUAAUUAGACUUACCGUUAUUACAAUAGACUGGCAUCGCCACGGUGAAAAUGGACCAGGAGUGUGAAGACAUAGAUUCAGAGGGCCGGUGGCAGAAACUGUACCUGGAAAUAAGGAAUCAGUCCCACGAGUGCUCGUACAAAGUGGCAAAGUAUCCAGAGAAUCGCAACCGAAACAGAUACAGAGAUGUCAGUCCAUUUGAUCACAGUCGGGUGAAGCUGGAGAGCACAGACAACGACUACAUCAAUGCAAGUCUGGUGGUCAUGGAGGAAGCCCAGAGAAGUUACAUAUUGACUCAGGGCCCCCUGAGGAACACCUGUGGCCACUUUUGGCUCAUGAUCUGGGAGCAGAAGACCAAAGCCAUCGUCAUGCUAAACCGCGUCAUUGAGAAAGGCUCAGAGAAGUGCGCUCAGUACUGGCCCACAGCGGAGGAGAGGGAGAUGGCCUUCAGAGACACACGCUUCCUGGUCACGCUGCUGUCGGAGGACAUCAAGUCCUACUACACCACCCGAGUGUUGGAGCUGCAGAAUAUCAGUACGGGGGAGAAGAGAGAGAUCUACCACUUUCACUACACCACGUGGCCAGAUUUUGGUGUUCCAGACUCCCCGGCGUCUUUCUUAAACUUCCUCUUCAAAGUGCGGGAGUCGGGAGCGUUGGGGCGGGACCACGGACCGGCGGUGGUGCACUGCAGCGCUGGAAUCGGACGCUCCGGGACAUUUUCAUUGGUUGACACGUGUGUGGUCCUCAUGGACAAGAAGAAAGACCCCUCGUCAGUGGACAUCAAAAGCACCUUGUUGGACAUGAGGAAGCACCGCAUGGGCCUGAUCCAGACCCCGGACCAGCUGCGCUUCUCCUUCAUGGCGGUGCUCGAAGGAUCCAAGUGCAUCAAGGGAGAUUCCUCUGUACAGAACCGCUGGCGGGAGUUGUCCAGGGAAGAUCAGGAGCCGAUAUUAGAGUCUCCGCCCUCGACUCAGCCGCAGGCCCGGUGUCCGACGGAGCGAUGCAACGGCAGCCAGCGGGGGGGUCAGCAGGAGGAGGGAGGGGACUACAGACAGGACGACAGAGCACCAGCACCAUCUCCAUGCAAGGAGCAGGAGCAGGACGGCGGCACCACACACAAGCGACGCAGAGAAGACAGCAUCUCCAAAUCAGGCACAGCCAAGACAACCCAAAGCAAGCCCAGGACAAACGACUCAGAGAAGAAGAGGAAAAGGGCGAAAACCAGCGACUGCUAACCACCUCCACCUGCGGCCGUGCACCUGCAGCUCCGGCAGCACAGCCACCUCCGGCAGGGAUCUCCAGCUCUCUCAAACCUCUGCGCCCCCCCCCCCCCUCCACUGCCACAGCUCUCUGUCCAGCCCUGAAACAUAAAUCAGCCUCUGCACACCUCCCCCUUCCCCCUCCUGUUAGCAGCAUGUCACCCCUCAGCGCCCCACCUCACUCUUCCUCUCUAAACUGUUUACAGCAGACACUUCGACAUUCUUUGAAGACGGCAC